CCCGCCCGCCCUCCCGCCGCCGCCGCCGCCGCCGCGCCGAUCUCCACCGACCACAAGCAGCUGCUUGAGCCGCCGCAUCCUGUCUGUCUGGUGAACCAGUCACCCAAGCUCUGCCAAGAUGUCUGACAGCCAUGAAACUGAUAGGAACAUUGAGAUCUGGAAGAUUAAGAAGCUAAUCAAGGCUCUUGAGUCAGCUAGAGGAAAUGGCACAAGCAUGAUCUCUCUCAUUAUGCCUCCACGUGACCAGGUCGCGCGAGUGGCCAAGAUGUUGGGUGAUGAAUAUGGUACAGCCUCGAACAUCAAGAGUAGAGUUAAUCGUCAGUCUGUUUUGGCUGCCAUUACCUCAGCUCAGCAGAGGCUGAAGCUCUAUAACAAAGUUCCUCCAAAUGGAUUAGUUCUCUACACUGGAACCAUUGUUACUGAAGAUGGGAAGGAGAAGAAAGUUACUAUUGAUUUUGAACCAUUCAAGCCUAUCAAUGUAUCACUGUAUCUUUGUGAUAACAAGUUCCACACUGAGGCUUUGAAUGAGCUCUUGGAAUCUGAUGACAAGUUUGGUUUCAUUGUUAUGGAUGGUAAUGGUACUCUUUUUGGCACACUAAGUGGCAAUACACGUGAGGUGCUUCACAAAUUCACUGUUGAUCUCCCAAAGAAGCAUGGUAGAGGAGGACAAUCUGCUUUGCGUUUUGCUCGUCUUCGGAUGGAGAAACGCCAUAAUUAUGUCCGGAAAACAGCUGAGCUUGCUACCCAGUUCUUCAUUAAUCCUGCUACAAGUCAGCCUAACGUUUCUGGUCUAAUUCUUGCUGGUUCUGCUGAUUUUAAGACAGAGCUGAGUCAGUCAGACAUGUUCGAUCAGCGACUGCAAGCCAAGAUACUUAAUGUGGUCGAUGUUUCUUAUGGUGGCGAGAAUGGUUUCAACCAAGCUAUUGAAUUGUCAGCUGAGAUUCUAGCAAAUGUCAAGUUCAUACAGGAGAAGAAGUUGAUUGGCAAAUAUUUUGAAGAGAUCAGUCAAGACACUGGGAAAUAUGUCUUUGGCGUUGACGACACUCUUAAAGCUCUUGAAAUGGGUGCUGUUGAGACCUUGAUAGUGUGGGAGAAUCUGGAAACUAACAGAUAUGUGCUUAAGAACAGUGUAUCUGGUGAAACUGUGAUCAAGCAUUUGAACAAAGAGCAGGAAGCUGACCAGAGCAAUUUCCGUGACCCAGCUACUAAUGCAGAGUUGGAAGUUCAGGAAAAAAUGUCUCUCCUGGAAUGGUUUGCUAAUGAGUACAAGAAGUUUGGUUGCUCGCUUGAGUUUGUUACUAAUAAAUCUCAAGAGGGGUCACAGUUUUGUAGAGGAUUUGGUGGCAUUGGUGGUAUCUUGCGUUACCAGCUAGAUAUCCGGUCCUUUGAUGAGCUUUCUGACGAUGAGGGAUUGUAUGAAGACUCUGAUUAGCAAUCAGCCAAUGACAUGACUGUGCUGGCCGAGGGAAGGACGCCGCAGCUGCAACAAGUCUGAUUUGCUCUACCUACGCAGGAUCACUUGAAAAGCAGCUACCGAGAAGAAAUUGAUGGGCGUGGGCCAGCCUCAUCCUAUGGUGGAAGGGUUUAAGACGAAGAGAUUAUUUUGAGUCACAUCAUGAUGAUAGUAAUGUGUCAAGAAGUUGUCGAACUUAAGAAGGCAUGCAUGAUGCCUUGUGGUCGUAUACUGGCUGUUGUCUAUUGUCAGUUUUCUGCAACUAUGUGAGUUCCCAAGUUCUGAAAUCGAGUCUGCUUGGUUGAGCACGUUUGACGCGCUCAUAUGAAGUCAUAAUAACUAUAUGGUUGGUGUAGCUGCAAUCUGCUACUUUGCAGAUUUUACAAUGAAGUUGCUACUGUCAUUCUAGUU